UACCCACAGCUAGCCACCCACCCACUCCAGCCUCCAAGGAACCGUAGCAGCCGCUGCCACUUCAGCGAGUAGCGAAGAUGUUCGGAGUGAAGAUCCCGAUCAUCGACGACCUGACGGGCGGCAACAAGCAUGGCCACUUGAAUGGCAACGUGGUGCUCAUGCGCAAGAACGUCCUCGACGUCAACAGCAUCGCCGGCUCCCUCAUCGACGGCAUCUCCGAGUUCCUCGGCCGCGGCGUCACCUGCCAGCUCAUCAGCUCCACAGUCGUCGACCCCAACAACGGGAACCGCGGCAAGGUGGGCGCGGAGGCGAGCCUGGAGCAGUGGCUGCUGAACCCGCCGCCGCUUCUCGCCGGCGAGAACCAGUUCAGCGUCACGUUCGACUGGGAGGUGGAGAAGCACGGCGUCCCCGGCGCCAUCAUCGUCACGAACAACCACGCCUCCGAGUUCUUCCUCAAGACCAUCACCCUCGACAACGUCCCCGGCCGCGGCACCGUCGUCUUCGUCGCCAACUCAUGGGUCUACCCCCAGUCCAAGUACCGCUACAACCGCGUCUUCUUCGCCAACGACACGUACCUGCCGAGCCAGAUGCCGGCGGCGCUCAAGCCCUACCGCGACGACGAGCUCCGGAACCUCCGGGGCGACGACCAGCAGGGCCCGUACCAGGCGCACGACCGCGUCUACCGCUACGACGUCUACAACGACCUCGGCAACCCGGACGGCGGCAACCCGCGCCCCACCCUGGGGGGCUCCAAGCACCACCCCUACCCUCGCCGCGGCCGCACGGGCCGGAGGCCCACGGAGACGGACCACGACUGCGAGAGCAGGCUCACGCUGCUGGAUGACGACGUCUACGUGCCGCGCGACGAGCGCUUCGGCCACAUCAAGUCGGCCGACUUCCUCGGCUACUCCAUCAAGGCGCUCGUCGACGGCAUCGUGCCGGCGCUCAAGGGCUACGUCGGCGUCGAGUUCAACUCCUUCAAGGAUAUUAUCCGGCUGUACGAGGGAGGCAUCAAGGUGCCCGACGUCCCCGCGCUCGAGGAGAUCCGCAAGCAGUUCCCGCUCCAGCUCAUCAAGGACCUCAUGCCCGUCGGCGGCGACUUCCUCCUCAAGCUCCCCAUGCCCAAGAUCAUCAAAGAGGACAAGAAAGCUUGGAUGAGCGAUGAUGAGUUCGCCAGGGAGAUACUCGCCGGCGUGAACCCCAUGAUCAUCAAGCGUCUCACGGAGUUCCCUCCGAAAAGCACGCUGGACCCGAGCAAGUACGGCGACCAUACGAGCACCAUCACGGCGGCGCACAUCGAGAGGAACCUGGAGGGCCUGACCGUGCAGCAGGCGCUGGAGAGCAACCGGCUGUACGUAGUUGACCACCACGACCACUACAUGCCGUUCCUGGUCGAGAUCAACAACCUGGACGACAACUUCAUCUACGCCACCCGGACGCUGCUGUUCCUCCGCGGCGACGGCACGCUGGCGCCGGUGGCCAUCGAGCUCAGCCUCCCUGAGCUCCGCGACGGCAUCACCGCCGCCAAGAGCACUGUGUACACGCCCACGUCCACCACCGGCGCCGAGGCGUGGGUGUGGCACCUCGCCAAGGCCUACGUGAACGUGAACGACUACUGCUGGCACCAGGGCAUCAGCCACUGGCUCAACACCCACGCCGUGAUGGAGCCCUUCAUCAUCGCCACCAACCGGCAGCUCAGCGUGACGCACCCCGUGCACAAGCUGCUCCUCCCGCACUACCGCGACACCAUGAACAUCAACGCCCUCGCGCGCCAGAAGCUCAUCAACGCCGGCGGCAUCUUCGAGAUGACCGUCUUCCCUCGCAAGUACGCGAUCGAGAUCUCCUCCAAGGUCUACGGGAGCUGGAGCUUCGCCGACCAGGCCCUCCCCAACGACCUCGUCAAGAGAGGCAUGGCCGUCGAGGAUCCCUCGAGCCCGUACAAGGUGCGGCUGCUGAUCGAGGACUACCCGUACGCGUCGGACGGGCUGGCGAUCUGGCACGCCAUCGAGCAGUGGGUGGCUGAGUACCUGGCCAUCUACUACCCCGACGACGGCGUGCUCCAGGCCGACGCCGAGCUGCAGGCGUGGUGGAAGGAGGCGCGCGAGGUUGGGCACGCCGACCUCAAGGACGAGCCGUGGUGGCCGAGGAUGACGACGGUGGCGGAGCUGACCAGGGCCUGCGCCACCAUCAUAUGGAUCGCGUCGGCGCUGCACGCCGCCGUCAACUUCGGGCAGUACCCCUACUGCGGGUACCACCCGAACCGGCCGUCGGUUAGCCGGAGGCCGAUGCCGGCGCCGGGCACGGAGGAGUACGCGGAGCUGGAGCGCGACCCGGAGAGGUUCUUCGUGCGCUCCAUCACCUGCCAGUUCCAGGCCGUGGUGGGGAUCUCGCUGCUGGAGAUCCUGUCCAGCCACUCCUCCGACGAGGUGUACCUCGGCCAGCGGGACACGCCGGGGUGGACGUCGGACGCCAGGGCGCAGGAGGCGUUCAAGAGGUUCGGCGCGCGGCUGGCCGAGAUCGAGAAGCGCGUGGAGGCCAUGAACGCGGACCCCCGGCUCAAGAACCGCAACAGCCCGGCAAAGUUCCCGUACACGCUGCUCUCCCCCAACGUCUCCGACCGCGAGAACGCCGGCGUCACCGCCAGGGGCAUCCCCAACAGCAUCUCCAUCUGAUGGAUCGGCUGAGGAUAACAAUAUUCAACGAGGAAGUAGCGGUGGGUGAUUCCCGUUAUAUUCUGUUUCAUUUCAUCCAUGAGAAGUGUGUGGAGUGGUGUGACAAUAAAGGAUUUGUAGCCUUGGGCGUGUACCAAUGAUGUACUUGCAUUGCUUUGUAAUUGUAAGGUAUCCCAAUAAUGAAGCGAAUAUAUAUCCUGGUCAUUUGGUGUUUGCUUU